AUGCGAACAAAGUAUAACAUCGAAAAAUGGUUCAGCGAACUGAUCAGUACCCGCUUUGAGCUUCGCGGAAGCAUCAUUCGUCUUCAACAUAUCUAUCCGCACCCAUACUUAGCCCUUCUUCAUCUUUUCAUACCCUUUCCGUCGUGGAACUUUCCGCUAUCUGACCCUGUUGCCCCUUCGGCCAUCGCCCAUAACGAGAAAUCGUUCGAGAUUCGCAACAAGCAUCGUACCACUCUGCGCAAUGUUCAAGUCUGGAACGCUCGUGACACUCCACUCCGCUGUGUUUACCGCAUGUAUGAGAUCUUGAUGAUGGGCGGUUAUGUUCCGUUAGGUAGCGAGACGGAAUACCUUUGGCGUCAAUGGAUAAAGAAAUGGUCUCUAAGUUCGAUACCGGAUCCCCAAGAUCCUGAUCCGGUUCGUUAUACAAUUGUUGCAUGUAUCGUGGAAGAAUUGGUACGUGCUUUUAAUUUGAGGUUGGCUCUGGGAAUGCGUCAUGAUGGGAAAAAUAUUCGACGGAAGAACGAAGGUGAUCCAUAUCCCCCAUAUACUCCUGUUGUCGGACCUGAUUGGACACGUUCUGUGCCUUCCAUUGAGUCAGAUAUGCUAAAGGAUUUACCCUCUGAAAUGGUGGUUGAGAGUGGAAAAUUGGUUUUGGGAUAA